AUUACUCAAGAGAGAGAAUUAAAGCACCUUUCAUCUUGGGCAAAAAAGUACCCGUAUGCCUUUCCGGUAUGGAUUGGGAGCUUCCUGUGUUCCUUAGUAAUCCACCACCCUGAUUACGCCAAAACUGUGUUUGGCCAUGGAGAUCUCAAGGAUAUGACAGUGUACAGAUUCUUAAUUCCCUGGAUCGGCAAGGGAUUACUGAUCUUACAUGGGCCACAGUGGUUCCAGCAUAGAAGGAUGCUGACCCCAGGGUUUCACUAUGACGUGUUGAAACCUUAUGUCGCGUUGAUGGCAGAAACUACCAAAGUGAUGCUGGACAAGUGGGAACGGCUGAUCACAGUGGAUAAGUCGGUGGAGCUCUUUGAACAUGUCAGUUUGAUGACCCUAGACAGCAUCAUGAAAUGUGCCUUCAGUUGUCAUAGCAACUGCCAGACUGACAGUGACUCCGAUGGCUACAUCAAAGCUGUCUAUGACCUGACCUACCUGGUGUACCAUAGAAUCCGCUUUUUUCCAUAUUAUAAUGAUUUAAUCUAUCGAAUCAGCCCUCAAGGACGUCGCUUUCGAGAGGCCUGCCAACUAGCGCACCUCCAUACAGAUAAAGUAAUAAAAGAGAGAAAGACGUCCCUCCAAGAUCAGCAAGAACUUGAAAAGAAGAAGAAGAAGUACUUGGAUUUUCUGGACAUUCUUCUGUGUGCCAAGGAUGAAAACGGCGCUGGACUGUCCGACGAAGACCUACGCGCCGAGGUGGACACGUUCAUGUUUGAGGGGCACGAUACCACGGCCAGUGGGAUCUCCUGGCUCUUGUACUGCAUGGCCCUGCACCCAGAGCACCAGCAGAGAUGCAGAGAAGAGAUCCAGGAGAUCGUGGGAGACAGAGAUACUGUGCAAUGGGAUGACCUUGGCAAAAUGACUUACAGCACCAUGUGCAUCAAGGAAAGCCUUCGCCUGUACCCUCCGGUACCUGGAGUGGCCCGAGAGCUCAGCAAGCCCAUCACGUUCCACGAUGGACGUACCUUGCCAGAAGGUUCUCUGGUGGUCGUGCACAUUUAUACUCUUCAUAGGAACCCAAGAGUAUGGGAAGAUCCAGAGGUCUUUGAUCCCAUGCGGUUUUCCCCAGAGAACGCGGCCCGGAGGCAUUCCCAUGCGUUUGUGCCCUUCGCGGCUGGAGCACGGUGGGGGAUGUUUCUUUCUCUCUCUUGGGGGUGUCGGUUGGAAACAAAGCCAGGCUUUGGGCCAGGCUGCUCCUAAUGCCCACUGAGCACUAACAGGCUGGCGCUGCAGGGUUGUGUCUGUCACGUGAGGGAGGUGUGGGGGGGUUCCCUAGAGCAAUGCACCGAACCAGAGUUUGGUUCUUAGUGACUGGCCCCUCUGGCCUCUCCUGUGUCUGCUUCACGAUGCCCACAGAGCUGCCCUGGCUCCCAUUUGGCAGGCCAAGGUCG